UGCUGCGGCUCGGAGCGGCGCCAUUUUGGGGCUGACUGACUGACUGGAGCGAGGAGUUGUGCGCGCGGCGGGGGAGAAGCGGCGGCAAAAAGGAGCUUUCAAAUCCGGGACCCCGCAGGAGCUGCUGUGCUUGGCCGGGACUUGGCUGGCAGGUUAGAGCCACGCCUCCUACCCCACUUCUAGGUGAUCUGGAUUCUGAACAUGAGCUUGGAUAUUUUGCAACCUGUUGCCUCAGCUUGUGAAAAAAAGGUAGCUGGAUGCUGACCUGCAGAGUCUGCUUCGAUUGAAAAGGAAAACGUUGACUAAAAAGGGAAUUGGGAUUAUAACCUGUUCAGUUGCUUUUCCACUUCAAACACUUCUGAAGCCUGCAGAACCCGGUUUAUGAACUUUUGAGAUUCUUCUUCUGCUUCCCCUUAAAUUCAGGAUAUCAUCUUGGACUAAUUUUUCCCCAUAUGGAAUGGAUAAUUGUAUAAACUUCUUAAGUUCUGCAUGCUACUUUCAAGAACUGAUUUUGCUUUGUAGUUCAAACAUUUCAGUCAAAACAGAGAUUGACUUGAUUUGUCAACUAAGUCUAGAAGAUUAUAUUAAAUGUAGCUCCCAAUUUUUCUAAUAUUGAUGUAGAAUUUAUGGCAAAUAUUGCUUUCAUUUUUUAGGCAAUUUGGAAUUACCUUUUACGAUGAUGUCUGUUUCCUAAAUGAAGAGACAAAGAGCUUUAUUUUUCAUUUUUUAGUGGGGUUUUUUGGUAGUGUUCUGAAGAAGCAAUAUGGGAAUAUCCAGAUAGCUGCUGUGUGUGGAUGUCUGAAUUGACUCUUAGAAAUGAACUUCAUUUUGAAUGCAGACUUUGACUUCUCAGUUCUAUUCUUUAUGUCAUAAAAGGUGUAUUUUUCUUUUGGAACUGAUGUUUAUGAUAGUAAGAUAUACGUGGAAUAGGAAAGUGAAGAAGUGUCAGAAGAUAAGACAGGCUGUUAAAACCAGACUUGUCUGACUUUUUUGAAAAUAACUUUUUGGAGUCCUUAAAUGUGAAGAAUGGGUAGCUGAUUUCCAAUAAUCAGCCCUUGUAUUGCAUAGCUACGGAUGUAGUAUCUUUAAGGAACUCGGAUCAUUACUGCAAGGGAAGCAAACUGGAAAACGCAAAUCACGGAGAGUUAAUGCCAAUCUGUGCAGUUCUCUUGGAUUUUGUUUCUUUUCAACAGAAUCCAGUGCUGCCUCAAAAAAUAUAUAAGAUGGACAAAACAACCUAGUUACAAAGUAUUUGCCAUGAGGUGUUGAAGCCUUGUUUUCACUGAUUUGGAGAGACUGGACCUAAAUGGCGCAGCAUGACUUUGCUCCAGCCUGGCUUAAUUUCCCUACUCCACCAUCAUCAUCAAAGUCAUCACUGAAUUUUGAGAAGCAUUCCGACAGCUUUUCAUGGACAGAGAAUCGUUAUGAAGUUAACCGUAGGCGACACAAUUCUUCUGAUGGAUUUGAUCCUAGUAGUGGUCGUUCAAAUGGAGGGCAUUUGGGAAGAAAAGAGAGAAAUGGCUGGCGUUCACAAGGUAGAAAUGGCACUGAAAACACACACCACAGAGUGGGAUAUCAUAGCGGAGGUUCACGUGCUCGCGCCAGUAGCUUUCAGUCUGGAAAAAGCCAAGGGUUGCAUGAAAAAAAUGCACCGGAAAGUGAGACUCUGAAAAAGGAAGACAAGGAAGAACCCAAACAAUUUGAAGCCGAAGAUUUUCCAUCCCUGAAUCCUGAAUAUGAGAGAGAACCAAACCAGAAUAAAUCAUUAGCUGCUGGUGUUUGGGAAUAUCCUCUGAACCCAAAAUCUAGAUCUCCACGCAUGCUGGUUAUAAAAAAAGGCAGUACGAAAGAUUUACAGAUAUCUGGAUUCCCUGUAGCAGGAAAUAUUCAUUCACAGUCAGUCAAGAAUGGAACUGGUACAAGUGUCUAUAAAGGUUUAGUUCCUAAGCCUGUCAUUCCACCUGCAAAGACAACACAGUGGAAAAGCCAAACAAAAGACAACAAACUUGGCCCUCCAUUUCCUCAUGAUUCUCCAUAUGGUAUUGGAAACUUUAGUGCUUUCAAAUCUACUGCUAAGGCUGUUGGAUCACAGAAUUCAGUGAAAGAGUGUAAUCGAUCAAAUUCCUCAUCUCCAGUUGAUAAACUUGGCCAGCCUCGCUUAACCAAAUUGACUCGAAUGCGCACUGAUAAGAAGAGUGAAUUCUUGAAGACACUGAAACGGGAUCGAGUGGAAGAGGAGCAUGAUGGGCAAGAGAAGGAUGAUGAUGAUGAAUUUAAUUUACAUAACAGCAACAAUGGUCACGAAGAGAGGGACAUAAACCGAAACUUUGAAAAUGAAAUUCCUCAAGAAAAUAGAAAUGCUAUAAUGAUGUCUCAGCAGAUCAUUCGGUCUUCAACAUUUCCGCAGACCGAUGUCCUUUCAAGCUCACUUGAAGCAGAGCAUCGAUUGUUAAAGGAGAUGGGUUGGCAGGAAGACAGUGAAAACGAUGAGACCUGUGCUCCGCUAACUGAGGAUGAAAUGAGGGAAUUUCAGGUCAUUAGUGAACAGUUACAAAAAAAUGGCCUUAGGAAAAAUGGUAUUCUAAAAAAUGGCCUCAUCUGUGACUUCAAAUUCAGUCCCUGGAAAAACAGCACUUUCAAACCAACAAUUGAGAAUGAAGACACGGAGACAAGCAGCAGUGACACAUCAGAUGAUGACGAUGUGUGAAGAUUGCUAGAGGAUGUCUGCCUUGCAUCUUGUGCAGUUUGAGAAUGAAUCGUUCAAAAGAGGGGAGAACUAUAAUUUUACAUAGUGACAUGCCCCCUUAGAGGAAGGAUCUUUUGGACUCCUCGUGAAGGAACCUAAGAAUGUUGUGUUGAUGAGCUGUGUUGAACAUGACUAUAAUUUCUGUAAAUGAAUGUUGUAGAAAUGAGGACUUUGCCCCAACAUUGACUUUCUUCAUCACUGCAGCAUUUCUCUGACGAGCAAUGUGACAAUGUAAGAGAAUGAGAUUUUCUCAUUUAAUAAUAAUAAAAAGAUUAUGUAAUGUUUGGCAAAGUUUUUGUCUUAAGACUGCAGGUCUAAGGGAGAAAAGGGCAGCUUGACACAGUGUGUUGCUUACUGAGACGGAUUUCUUCUACAGUGGGAAUCUACAGUUUUCACUUUGUGCACAGACAAUAGACAAUAUAGCAUGUUUGCUAAACAAAAAAAAUAUGACAUAAGUGCACUAAGACAUCCAUUUCCUGAACUGUUGUAAUUGUUCCACAUACCAGUAAUUCUCUAGCAGUUUGUACUACAGUAAUUAUGAAAAGACUUGCUUCAAUUCUAAACUUCACAGAACUGGUGUAAAUCAAAAGCUUUAUUUGGAUGCUGCAAGACCCAGGAAUCUGGAUCCUCCACAAUGAGUGCUGAUUCUUUGUGGGGAAAAUAAACAUUAUUUUGAUAAAUUA